UAGUCGUUAAUUUUCACAAAAUCUAAAGGCACAAACUAGAUUCUAGCCAAUGUUUUAAGUAAUUGAACAUCGUAUUACGCUAACCUCGUGAAAGUAACAAACUGCCACGUUUUCAUUUACAUAAAAAAUAUAUUUUGUAUCGAAGUUGUGCCUUUGAUUUGACAGCCUGCACCAGCGGAAUAUAGCGCGACAGUUAGCCCAGAUGACGUGUUUCUGCGUAUGCUUUUAGUUUAGCCGACGUUGCCAUUACAGCGUUUACAAGGGGAUGGCUCAUAGUGCCAUAGGCCAGCGUCUGGUCGCCUGCCUCCUCAAUGUCUCAGAAGCCCGCAGGAAGGAAUUGGUGGAAACAGUGGCCAGGGCAGCUGUAUUUGACAGUAAUGGCGGACGGCGAGAAGGGACAACAGUGCUCAACAUCUUUAAUGAUCAAGACUACAACCGGUCUGUCAUCACCAUCGUGGCCAGUAUUGACUGCAUUAAGGAGGCAGUGCUGUCUGCGUGUGAGCAGGCCUGUCGACUGAUUGACAUGAGUGCCUAUGCAGGCGGCCACCCAACGAUGGGCGCUGUGGACCUGGUGCCCCUCUACCCUCUGGGAGAGGAGGUGGGACUGGGGGACUGUGCCAAGGAAGCUAGAGCGGUGGCUGCUGGGCUGACUGAACGGGUCAGUGGCACCAGUGCUUUCUUCUUUGGUUGGGCAGACUCACCCCAGCACCGAGGCCUGGCGCAGAGACGCAAGGAGAUGGGCUGGUUCAGGAAGAAUCCGAACACAGGAGCCAGCCGACCAGACGUGGGGCCCCUGCCACAGAAACGAUAUGGCCUCACAGGCAUCGGCGCUAGUCCCUACGUCAUGAACUGCAACGUCACCAUCGAUACCCAGGACCUGGCUCUGGGGCGCAGCAUCGCCAUGUCGAUUAGGGAGUCUACUCCUGGGGGAAUACCGGGGGUGCAAGUGCUGGCCCUGCCACACGAGGGUGCCGUGGAGAUAGCCUGCAAUGUGGAGAGCAUGAAGGGGAACCCUCCUAGCCAGGUUGGGGAGAGUGGUGAGCCGUGGCCCACCUUCAGUAUUGGUGGGCAGCCAUACUGCCACGCCCCAGCAUCUCUUAUCACAGCCAGGGUGGCAGAGUCGGCAGGACGGCAGGGGGUGGCCACUAAGGGCACGGCGCUGGUGGGGUUCACGCCCUAUGAGUGCAGAGGCCUGGCAGAGAAAGCUUUGUCAUUGGGCAUCGCUGAGUUCUGGAAAGAACUGCGCAGGUUACACAUGUAACCUUCCAAACUUUACUACAAAACCUCAACGUUUUGUAUUAUUCAGGUUGAUUGAACGAAUAAUGUAAAAGGACAUGCAAGCUGUUAUCGGCAAGGUUUAAAGCAUAUGAAUUGCACAAAUGCACGACUAUUACGCAACAGUUUUGAAUCUGUGGGCUCUGGAUUUGAUGUAGCACAUUUGAACAAGGAUAUUGUACAGAGAAUCUCAUUUAGUGUGGUGAUCAUGGUUGGAAACUUCAACGCCAUAGACCUUAACUGUGAUCAUCUUAAAAUAAGUACUCAUCAAGACACAAAGGGACAAAUUACCAAUUUAGAGUUGAGGUAAUACUUUUUUGUAAAUCAUUUAACAAUGUCAUUGGGAUACUAACACAAUUCAUUUUGUUAAGCGUGCAAAUCUCAAGUCAGAGUAACACUGAAAGUGCUGCAAAAUGUUGCAAUUUAUUGUUCUAUUAACAGGUUAAUCCUUCUUUAUUUGACUUUAAAGAAUAAACAUGACUUUACUAUAA